UGUAUGCGAAGUUCCUGCACCAACGCUGUCAGUACCCCUGAGUAUUUUAAUUCUGAAUAAGUCAUGCUUGUUGUCCUGACUUGAUCGUGGUUAUCUCCUUGCACAGGCAACUUCCUCAUUAUUAGCAGGGACUAAUAAGCCCUCAUCAUUUACUCUCAACACAAAUACAUUGUUUUAAGUGCAGCAUUGAAGAAAGAUCAAUAUCCACAAUGCCAAGCAGAAGUUUCCACUGAUGCAUGCAAAACUUAUUUCAAAUAAUACACAAGAUGUUGUUGCAGAGACUAUGUCCAUUUGCAGAGUAUCCUCAUUAAGCAAAGUAGAUUCCACAAAAGAGAAAUACAUCAGUGUUCAACUGCGAGAAAGAAAUACAAGAAAGCACCCCACCAUGGUCAACAUUUUCUCCUUCUUUCUGUGGAUUAUAAUGUUUCAAUUCUGCCACAGUCUUUGCUUUCCUGUAGCAAAUGAUAUUGUCAUAAACUAUUCAUCUUCCUCCUUGUCCACUGUGCCAAAGAACCUACCAAAUCUCUCUCAGAUACUGGAUUUAUCACAGAACAAUAUUACUGAGAUUCAUUUGCAGGAUUUUGUCCCCCUCCACCAGUUGAAAUAUUUGAAUUUGUCCUCCAAUAAAAUUAGCAAUUUAGCACCUGCUGUUUUCAAGUCUAAUCAAAAGCUGGAAUGUUUAGAUCUUUCCAAAAAUCAACUCUCAAAUAUAGAGUGUCACUUCUUGUAUAAUGCUACCUCUCUUAAAUAUUUGGAUAUUUCCGAAAAUAAUUUUCUUAGUCUGACACUUGGGAAGGCAUUUAGCUUUCUGCAAGAUUUGGAAUAUUUAAGUUUAGGAAGCAGAAAAACAAUAAAGUUUCAAAAAGAUGACCUAAAAGAAAUUUCAGGGAAGCAGUUGGAGGAAGUUUUGAUCAACAUAAAACUAUUGUCGGAGUAUGGCCAUAGUGCCUUAACGAUUUUAAGAACAGCAAAACUCCACAUUGUUUUGCCAUCUAUUACAAACUUCAAUUUUUUAAAAGAUAUCUUAGAUGAUGCCUUCAAUACAUCUUACAUUUUAACAUUAUCAAACAUUGAAUGCUGCCAAAAUUGCAACCAAUUGUUGAGUGUUGACUGUUGUGAAGUUUGCAGCAAAAGAGAUAUCGUAAGCCAAUGCUGCAGUGAUUGCAGCCAUUAUAUUGAAAGUUUUAAAGUACUGGGAAACUACUCAAGAGUCCAGAAUCUAUCUUUACAACAUUUAAAGGUGGACUGGGAAACUUCCACGCAGAUAUUAAAAAUUAUUUGGGAUUCUUCAGUUGAAAAUCUCAGCAUUUCUAACAUGAAGAUAUGCCAAGUUAAACAACUCUUGUCUUCGCUUCAUUUUCAAAAAGAAUUGAAGACAUUUACUCUCAGACAAAUAGAGUUCUUGCCAUUCUAUUUCAAUCAAGCGAAUAUAUAUAAUGUCUUUGAAGACCUUAAAGUUGAAAAUCUGGCAAUUUAUGAAUCAGGAAUGAUUUUCCUGACUUGUCCAAAAGAAGGAAACACAUACAAACUCAUUGACAUUUCAGAUAAUUCAUUUACCAGUGAUUUUUUUCUUCAAGACUGCAACACCCUAAAAUCUUUGGAGACUUUUAUUUUAAAGCAAAAUAGAUUUGGCCAGUUAUUUAAAGUGAGUAACAUGACUACAUACAUGUCAUCUCUGAAGCACUUGGAUGUGAGUCAAAACCAACUUAUUUUUGAUGAGAUUAGAGUUUGCCCUUGGACCAACAGCUUGAUAAAGCUGAACCUAUCUUCAAACAGACUUACAGAUUCUGUUUUCACAUGUUUACCCAGCAAUCUAGAAAUCCUUGACUUGCAGAAAAAUAACAUUUAUACUGUUCCAAAAGUAUUGAAGGACUUGAACAAUUUGAAAGAAUUAUACCUUGGUGCUAAUAAGUUAGCUAAUCCACCUGACUGCAGCAAAUUUAGAAAUCUUGAGAUUUUGUUUGUCGAGGCGAACUCAUUUCAUGAACCUUCAAGCAUUUUUCUUCAAAGUUGCCAAAGACUGACUGUGCUGAAUGCUGCCUCCAAUCCAUUUACAUGUACCUGUAAUUUAAGAGACUUUAGCACAAUGAAUAAAAACACCCAAAUAGAGAUGAUAGGGUGGCCAAAGUCCUAUCGUUGUGCCUAUCCAGAUAUCCUUAAAGGAACAUUGCUGAAGGAUUUCCAUUUAUCCGAAGUGACAUGCAGUACAACCCUCUUAUUGGUAAUUGUACUUGGUACUAUGUUUGUAUUAGCAAUUCUAAUUGGGUUAAUGUGCCAUUUUUUGGACUUGCCUUGGUACUUGAGAAUGAUAUGGCAAUGGACCCAGAUGAAACAAAGAACAAUGAAGACUGACUCCUACCAGUUAUCUGAAAAUUUGGUCUACCAUGCUUUUGUGUCCUACAACCAACGUGACUACAGUUGGGUGAAGGAACAGCUACUAUCAAACCUAGAAGAGAGGAAUUUACGAAUCUGUCAUCAUGAAAGAGACUUUAUUCCAGGCAAAGGUAUUAUUGAAAACAUAAUUAACUGUAUAGAGAAAAGUUACAAAUCGAUUUUUGUUUUAUCGCCUAAUUUCAUUCAGAGUGAAUGGUGUCACUAUGAGCUUUACUUUGCACAGCACCAAGUGUUAAGUGAACAGACUGAGAACUUGAUUCUAAUUGUCUUGGAGCCAAUCCCUCAGUACCUAAUUCCAUCAAAAUAUUAUAAACUUAAGUCACUUAUGGCAAAGAAGACCUACUUAGAGUGGCCUAAUGACAAAAACAAACAGAGACUAUUUUGGGCCAAUCUCCAAGCAGCCAUAGGAAUAAGUCUGACUGCUCCAUGAGAGGAUGUUAUUUCUGUACACAGUGAUUAAUUGUAUUCUGAG